CGUCUCCUCGCGGCGCUCCUCCCCUGCUCGCCACCUCCCGCCCUUUUUAAACCACCACCACUACCAAAUUCACUUGCCUCCCCAACACCGCUUGGCCGCUUGGCGCUUGCUGCUGCGGCCCGUCGGUCUAGGCGUCUAGCUAAGCUACCUCGUUAUUUAGGCGACGCUUGCAUAGCCCAGGGCUUUGACACGACGCGACGCCGAUUAAGCGACACGAGGCCAGGUCCCGGUCCCGGUAGCUCGAACGAGGAGCUAAGCAGAGGCGCCGUUCUGCUGGUUGGCUUCUGUGAUGGGGUCGUCCACGGACCACGGUGGCGCCGGUUGGCGGGGCAAGAAGCAGGGGUCGCAGCUGUGGAAGAAGGCGCUGCUGCAUUCCUCCCUCUGCUUCGUCAUGGGCUUCUUCACCGGCUUCGCGCCGUCGUCCGUGUCCGACUGGACGUCCGCGGCGGCGGCGGCGGGCAGCAGCAGCAGCAGCAGCCACGUGGUACGGGCGCUGCCGGCGGGCGGGGCCUUGAACCGGAGCCUGCUGGCGCACGGCGCGGGGCCUGGCUACGACCGGGCAGCGUCUCCGCGCCCGCUCCUGGUGGUCGUCACGACGACGGAGUCGACGCCCGUGGCGUCCGGCGAGCGGGCCGCCGCGCUGACGCGGACGGCGCACGCGCUGCGGCUGGUGGCGCCGCCGCUGCUGUGGGUGGUCGUGGAGGCCGCCCCGGACGCGCCGGCCACGGCGCGGCAGCUGCGCGCCACGGGGCUCAUGUACCGCCACCUGACGUACAGGGACAACUUCACCGCCGCGGGCGCGGGCAAGGAGCGCCACCACCAGCGCAACGUGGCGCUCGGGCACGUCGAGCACCACCGCCUCGCCGGCGUCGUCCUCUUCGCGGGCCUCGACGACGUGCUGGACCUCCGCCUCUUCGACCAGAUCAGGGAGAUCAGCGCGUUCGGUGCGUGGCCGGUGGCGACGAUGUGGCGGGACGAGAGGGAGGUCGUCGUGCGGGGCCCCGCGUGCAGCUCGUCCGCGGUCACCGGCUGGUUCUCCCAGGACCUGAGCGACGGCACCGCGGCUGCUGCCUCUACCACCUCCACCGCGAGGGCGAGGCCUUCUGGCGAGGUGGACGUCCACGGCUUCGCCUUCAACAGCUCCGUGCUCUGGGACCCCGAGCGCUGGGGCCGCUACCCGACCUCCGAGCCCGACAAGUCCCAGGACUCCACGAAGUUCGUCCAGCAAGUGGUUCUGGAAGAUCUUAGCAAGGUGAAGGGCAUUCCUUCCGAUUGUUCAGAGGUCAUGGUAUGGCACGUCGAUACGGCCGCGCCUUCUCCCUCGUCUCCGCAGAACAAGAGGAGAUAGAGAGCUGAACACCAUAGAAGAGAACGGACGAGCCUGGAGGACGGCCGGAGUGGUGUACACUGUACAUGCAUGGCUACACCACUGAGAUGCUGAUUGUCCUCCUAGCUAGUUGCAAAGAAGGAAAAUUUUUGGUUUUCUCACCGGAGGAUGGAUCCACCUCUGACCCCCCCCCCCCCCCCCCCCCCUCCAUCAUAAUGUGCGAUUUUCUGCUAUUCUUUUUUUUCCUUAAAAAUGUGAUAUAUGUAUAUUUUCCCUUUUCUUUUUACUCAAGUGGGUUUAGGUGAAUACAAACAUAAUAACCCCUUGAAGUGUUUCUCAAGGAUGUAAUGGAUAGAUGGCAAGCUAAAAAAGAUCAACUUAACAA